GUAAAUAUCGCGAGAUUGUUCGAGGGAAUAAGUUCAUGUUCACAGUCCUGAACAUGGCGACGUCUAAUUUGCUAAAGAACAAAGGCUCCCUCCAGUUCGAGGACAAGUGGGAUUUGAUGCGUCCCAUCGUUCUGAAGCUGCUCCGUCAGGAGUCAGUCACCAAGCAGCAGUGGUUUGACCUCUUCUCAGAUGUCCAUGCAGUAUGCCUAUGGGAUGACAAGGGACCGGCCAAGAUCCACCAGGCCCUGAAGGCAGACAUCUUAGACUUCAUCAAGCAAGCACAAGCGAUUUUCAACGCCAUAAAGUCCAUAACAAAACCAUAAAGUCCAUAACAGGGCCCUGCGCUCUCCCCCACAGCGGGUGUUGAGUCACCAGGAUGACACGGCACUGCUGAAGGCCUACAUCGUGGAGUGGAGGAAGUUCUUCACACAGUGCGACAUCCUGCCCAAACCCUUCUGCCAGCUGGAGAUCACGCUCAUGGGCAAACAGGGCAGCAACAAGAAGUUGAACGUAGAGGACAGCAUCGUACGGAAGCUCAUGCUGGACACGUGGAACGAGUCCAUCUUCUCCAACAUCAAGAACAGGCUGCAGGACAGCGCCAUGAAGCUGGUGCACGCCGAACGCCUGGGGGAGGCCUUCGACUCUCAGCUGGUCAUCGGCGUCAGAGAGUCCUACGUGAACCUGUGCUCAAACCCAGACAACAAGUUGCAGAUCUACAGAGAUAACUUUGAGAAGGCCUACAUGGACUCCACCGAGAGAUUCUACAGAACACAGGCCCCCUCCUACCUGCAGCAGAACGGAGUACAGAACUACAUGAAAUAUGCAGACACCAAGUUGAGAGAGGAGGAGAAACGGGCGUUGCGCUAUUUGGAGACGAGACGUGAAUGUAACUCUGUACAAGCACUGAUGGAGUGUUGCGUGAACACCCUGGUGACGUCCUUCAAGGAGACCAUCUUGGCCGAGUGUCCAGGCAUGAUCAGGCGAAACGAGACCGAGAGUGAGUACGGCCGGAGCGCUCCCGGCACCAAAGGCUCGGCCAGCUCAGAGCUCCAUCUCAUGUUCUCUCUGAUGGACAAGGUGCCUAGUGGCAUGGAGCCCAUGCUGAAGGACUUAGAGGAACACAUCAUGUCUGCUGGGCUGGCCGACAUGGUGGCCUCCGCCGAGACCAUCACCUCGGACUCUGAGAAGUACGUGGAGCAGCUUCUCACCCUGUUCAACCGCUUCAGUAAGCUGGUUAAAGAUGCCUUUCAGGACGACCCUCGCUUCCUCACAGCCCGAGACAAGGCUUACAAAGCAGUUGUGAAUGACGCUACUAUUUUUAAAUUGGAACUUCCGCUGAAGCAGAAAGGGGUGGGGCUGAAGACUCAGCCAGAGUCCAAGUGUCCAGAGUUGCUGGCCAACUACUGUGAUAUGCUGCUGAGGAAAACCCCGCUGAGCAAGAAACUUGCAUCUGAGGAGAUCGAGGCCAAGCUCAAGGAAGUGUUGCUGGUGUUGAAGUACGUGCAGAACAAAGACGUGUUCAUGCGCUACCACAAAGCCCAUCUGACCCGACGCCUUAUCCUGGACAUCUCCGCUGACAGCGAAAUCGAGGAGAACAUGGUGGAGUGGCUCCGGGAGGUAGGCAUGCCCGCUGACUACGUGAAUAAGCUGGCUCGGAUGUUCCAGGACAUCAAGGUGUCCGAGGACCUCAACCAGAACUUCAAAGAGUGUCACAAACACAACAAGCUGGCCCUAUCAGGAAGGUUAUCGCUAAUCCAAACAGCAGAUGACUUAAACACGGGAGCAGUGGACCAGGCCUUGAAGACGGACUCUGUCAACAUCAAGAUCCUGAAUGCGGGGGCAUGGUCGCGGAGCUCAGAGAAGGUGUUUGUGUCACUGCCCACCGAGCUGGAGGACCUGAUCCCCGAGGUGGAGGACUUUUACAAGAAGAACCACAGUGGCAGAAAACUGCACUGGCAUCACCUCAUGUCCAAUGGCAUUAUCACAUUUAAGAAUGAGGUGGGCCAGUACGACCUGGAGGUGACCACCUUCCAACUGGCUGUGCUGUUUGCCUGGAACCAGAGGCCGCGGGAGAGGAUCAGCUUUGAGAACCUUAAGCUGGCCACGGAGCUUCCUGAUGCCGAGCUCCGACGCACCCUCUGGUCCCUGGUAGCAUUCCCCAAGCUAAAGCGGCAGGUGUUGUCCUACGACCCAGUGGUGGGUUCGCCCAAAGACUUUGCAGAGGGCACCCUCUUCUAUGUCAAUCAGGAGUUUUCACUAAUAAAAAACUCCAAGGUCCAAAAAAGGGGGAAGAUUAACCUAAUUGGCCGGCUUCAGCUCACCACAGAACGAAUGAGGGAGGAGGAGAACGAGGGAAUCGUCCAGCUCAGGAUAUUGAGAACACAGGAGGCCAUCAUCCAGAUCAUGAAGAUGCGCAAGCGGAUCACCAACGCCCAGCUGCAGACAGAGCUGGUCGAGAUCCUCAAAAACAUGUUCCUACCUCAGAAGAAGAUGAUCAAGGAGCAGAUGGAGUGGCUCAUUGAGCACAAGUACAUCAAGCGGGACGAGACGGAUCUCAACACUUUCAUCUACAUGGCGUAACGGUGGUGAUGACGUCUAACGGUGAUGAUGACGUAUAACGGUGGUUCUUCAGGCCUGGUGGACAAUAAAAUAUUUCCAGGCCUGACCGUCUUAGAAAAAAAUAACAUCUUUGUAUUGUGCGGGUUCAACCCUGACAGACAAGAAUAUUUUCAAGCUGACCUUUGAUAAUUUGUUUAUCUAUUCAUGUGGGGAAAUAAAGACUUGAUUUAGGACAGAGUUACAGAAAUGUAUAAAAGGAGGAGUUUGUGUGGGGAAAAUGAAAGGGUAAGAAAGAAAUGAGUUUGAGCUUCUCAGCAGGAGUCCAUACCCACCGAGUGUCAGUCAUCGUUUUUAUCUAGGAGGCAUUUCCUUGUCUGUAGACGGGAUGUGGUUGUGAGGGUUUGUCAAUGUUAAUGUGGCGUUCGCCUUACUGUCAACCAACCACCACGCACACUGCACCACCUCCUCGACACCAUCCAUGGACACCCCACCACUAUUGUAGUGACGAUGGUUGCUAGGUCUCUCUAACGACAUGGAAGGAAGAACGGUACAGUCCAAGUUUUGUGCCUGGCCAACACUAGUCGCCGGACCUCUUCAACAGAACAAGCUGUGUCCUCUGGCAACUGUCUGAGCUAAGCUGUCGGCCAUGUUUUUUUUUGUGGUGACGAACAAAGCAUUAAUGCCGCAUUCAGGUGCUAGUCGGAACUAGGAAACUCUGAAUCAUACGACUUGCUGGUUGUAAUUGUACAUGUGCUCCGUUCAACAAAUCAGCAAGUCGGAAAUGUCUGAGUUUCUUAGUUCCGACUAGCAUGUGAACACUGCGUUAAGACGUGAUGUCGUUCCUGGACUUUCCCGGACCCAGACUAACAUUAGUCCUAGAUUUUUUUUAAAUAUUAUCAAUGGAGAAUCUUCAUUGAAAGUGCACUUUAUUCCAGAACUAGGUUUAAUCUGGGGUGGGGAAACUGGCUCCACAGUAUAUAUUAUAAUUCAUAAAUGUUCACAGAUUGUUCACUGUUUUCACAAGAGACAGACUGACACACAUUUUCUGUUUUGACUGAUCUUAAAGUGCAUACUGUGCUUUAAUUUGAGUGUAUGUUCAUAUCGGGUGAACCAUUUAGAAAAUACAUUAAAGUAGUCAAAGUACAGUAUUUGGUCCCAUAUUUAGCACGCAGUGACUACAAACUUGUUGGAUGCAAUUGCAGUUUGUUUUGGUUGUGUUUCAGAUUAUAUUGUGCCCAAUAGAAAGACAUAAUUUCCAUGCAUUGUGUCCUUUUGGAGUCACUUUUGUUGUGAAUGUUUCUAAACACUUCUACAUUUUAACGUGGAUGCGGAUAAUCAUGAAUGAAUCGUAAAUAAUGAUUGAGAGAGGCACAAAUAUUUGUCCAAAUACUUUUGGUUCUCUUAAAUGUGGUGACUAUGUACAAAAAGUGCUGUAAUUUCUGAGCGGUUUACCCAAUAUGGAUGAAAUUACCCUCAAAUUAAAGCUGACAGUCUGCACUUUAA